UCAAGCUCUCCCAGAAUGCUCAGAGGAGAGGUGAGGCAGAUCGAGUUACAGCACAACGCGGUAUGAAUGCACCAGUCAUUAACACUUAACUGGCAUGCUGGUCCUCCCUCCUAUCCACCUAUCCCACACCGUCUUUAAUAUACAGCCUCUGCUCGUACAGGCUGGAACCAGACAUCGUAGCAAUAUGGCACCCAUUCCAUCGUGAGUCUGCUGACAUUGGAUCUGAGCUGGCGACAGAACUGUCUGGGUUCAGAAAUGUCUACGGCUAAGCCACGCAUGCUUGUCCACACCGCGGAUGGAAGAACUUUUUCAAGGACAAGAUUUCUAUCUUUACUAAACACCUACAACUGCUUUCUGAAAGACAAGACUCAUCUGCAGCUCACUGUCAAUGAGAACCCUGCUGGUCACGUGACCCUUGAGGGAUUCCUGGUUGUCUCUUGGGGUAUGAAGAGACCAAUCCGCCUCAAAAUCCAAGAUGAGAAACAGAUAGUGGAAUGGAACUGCUCCAAGUCUCAGGAAUAUUCUCCAGAUCCCAUCAGCCCACUUGGAAAAAAGAGAGGUAUGACCAGAUGGGGAGAAUUUGAAAAUCUCUAUCACAUUGAUGAACUAGAAGAAACCAUCCAAGAUGGUUCAGAGACUGUCGACAGUUGUGCUUCAGACUACAGGCAGUAUGAGAGCCAGACGCUGAGGGUGGCCCGACACGAACCUGUCCCAGAGAACUCUAUCCUCUUCCGCUCCAUGAGUGAUGCCGCUCUGGUGAAGAAGAGAGUGAAGACCAAGGGGGCAGAGGAGAGGCAGAGUAACAGACUGCAUCGCUUCUCCAUUAACGGCCAUUUUUACAACUAUAAGACAUCGAUAUUUACGCCAUCCUAUGGGACAGCCACAAACGUCCGCCUAAACAGCACAAUGAGGACACAAGAGGUCAUUAGCCAACUCCUAAAUAAAUUUAAGAUAGAAAAUGAUCCUAGUGAAUUUGCCUUGUAUUGCAUUCAUCAAAGUGGAGAAAGGAAAAAGCUGGGCAGCUCAGACCUUCCACUUUGGGAGCGUUUUCUUCAAGGGCCAUCCGAGGACAUCAUGAGAAUCUUCCUCAUGGACACCGAUGAACAGGAAGUUAGCAUGGACGUAGCACAGUAUGUGAAUUUAGAACUGCCCAUUCUCCAACGAGUUCUGCGGAAGCUACAUGAGGAGGAGAGCAAAGAGAUACAGCGUGUUGUCAAUAAGUACAGGCGAGAGCACAGUCUCCUAACACAAUGCCUGAACUCAAAGUUGACACCAAAGACAGAGACGACGGUGUGAAAGAAAGCGUCCUAGAAGACUAAAAGACUGGAAUUGUUUGUUCCCCCCCCCAUACAGCUCCAACAGCAGAUUUAUGUUAUGUUUCGAAGUUUUAUUAUAUAAUGCAAUAUUGACUGUCUAAGGGUGUUUUCACACUAGGUCCUUUUCAAGGGUCUAAGCAUGGUUCACUGGAUUUUUGGCCCAUGUGUCAACAUUUUUUCAAGACCUUUUUAAAGCUAACCAAACCAAAUUCAUAUUGGGAGGUGGUCUGAGUACGGUUCGCUUUCAGCUUACAGAGCAGUUCUCUAAAAACAUGCAUUGUGAACACAAAUUGCAAACAUUGUGAACACUGGGAUCACUUGAUUUUCCAUUUGCAAAUUCUCAUACAGGCCUCCAUACAAAUUGCACUACUCAACAUGGCUGUUUCUGCUGGAAGAGAGAUGUUAGUGACAGAUGAGGGAACGGCUGCACUUCUCCAAAUUUAGAAGAAGGACUAUAUUAAGAAACAACUAUCAACCACCCACAGAAAUUCAAAAUUGUUUCUUCAAUUUUCAGCAAAACUGAAAGACAGAGGAUUUAACUGGACAGCCUUGUAGUGCCGGGUUAAAGUGAAAAAAUAACGGCAGAAAUAUAUGGCCACAUGAGAUAAACUGCGGUCUAGUGGACAGUCAGCUGAUGUCAAGCGGCCUGUCUACAAUUUGUUAGACGAAAUUCUUGGUACAAGCCCCUGCACAUACCCAAUGAAUUUCGUAGAGAUUUUUUUAAAAAUAUACAACAGUAAAUGGUUAUAUGAAACUGUCAUGUCAUAUGGUAGUGUUUAGGUGUUUAGGUCAAAGGUAUGAUUUCAAACCAUGUGACAUGAGUGAGAAAACUAACCUUUGAACUCAACUGUCAUCAUCACAAUGCUGCUUCAGUAGGAUUUAUUUUUUCGACAUAUUUUUCUUGUCCUUGUCCUCUGCAUUCAUUCGUUGUGUUGUUCUUUUAUUUCUUUCAUUUUUUUAGAGAAUUAUUUUAUGUUCUAUAUUUUCUUUUGUCAUUUUAAAAACGUGUUGUACAGGAAAGCUAGCAUAUGCCAUUCAGGAAACUAGUCAGCCAUCUUGCACAAUAUUGGUGCACAGCAUUGCAAGAGGACUAGGACCCAAAAAGAAACAGUAUGAACACAAAGAGGUCUGAGACCCCAUUACUGCUUAACUGGACUAAACAAGGAUCUGAGUCCUCUCUCAGGGACAGGGACAGUGUGAAUGUAAAGAGAACUGGGACAUUUUCCCUUUGGUUCACCUCUUGGUCCACUUCAAGGGGUGUAAGUUUGGUUCUUUUAAAGAGGACUCAAGUGUGAAAACACCCUAAGUUUAUGUAAUUUUACUAUAAUGCAUCUUUGUGUAAUUUAAAUUUUCCAGGUUCAGUUAUAAAUAUUAUUAAUAGACAUUAGUCUAAUUGAGCAGUAACCAGGGAAAAUGGGGGGGGGGGGGGGGGGGGGGGGGCAUCAGAGGCUACUGGCUAAACAGUGUCGUGGCAGUAAAUGAAUAAUGAGGCUCCAGCUGGUGGUACCGCAGGGCUUUGGCAGUCGUGCCCUCAGUCUGCUGCUCUGGGAAAUGCUGAACACAGUGGCUCUCCCACAGAAGUUCCAUCAUCAUUACCAUCAUCAUCCAAAUACUACUUUCCAGCUGAAUGUUAUGUGUUUAUUAUCAUGCACAUUUAUGGCUGUGUGCAAAGGCUUGUAAUUCUCAUGGUUUCUGAUUGAGAAAAUAAAGAAAAAUUUAUUUCUACAACAACAACAACAAUGUUGUUAUUAUUAUUAUUAUUAUUAUUAUUAUUAUUAUUAUUAUUAUUAUUAUUAUUAUUAUUAAUAUUAUUAAUAUUGUUGUUGUUGUUGUUGUUAAGAAUAUUAUUAAAUUGAAUCCCAAAAAGUUAAAAAAUUAAAUCACCAACACUGA